ACGCUUCUUCCAUGUGGCCUCGGCGGACGUACGGAUGGACGGACGGAUGGACGGACUGUGGGUCCGUCCUGCUGCCUGUUGUUCAGCCGCUCCGCCAAUGAGAAGUCGGCUGGCUCCAAAGCCCGGUCCAAUGAGAGCAGCGGGGUCCGGGCUCGGAUCGAGGGUUGGGUUGUUCAAUCUGCGGGGAGGAGGAGGACAACAAGAGCCGCUGUGAGCGUCCCGGACCCACGGAUGCUUAGGUGCAUGGAUGCAUGCAUGCAUGGUGGCUGUGGUGACCAGCUCUCCAGUUACCAGGUGAUGUGCAUGGGGACCAGACUGUUCUUGUUGGUGCUGAUGGAGAUCGUGGUCACGGACGAUCAAGCUCUAUGUUCCUGCUGAAUUUCCGUUGUGCAGAGGAUGUGAUGUAUUGUCCCAAACCCAAUCAAGCGAACUACUUUUACAAAUGAGUUGCUGCUCGACUACAGGACGUGUGUCCUAUCACUGAGGCCACAUGUGUAUCGGCAGAGAUGGAUCGCUGUAAGCACGUGGGACGCCUCCGUCUGGGCGAAGACCAUUCUAUCCUCAAUCCACAGAAAUGGCAUUGUGUGGAAUGCAGCACAACAGAUUCAGUGUGGGCCUGCCUCAAGUGCUCCCAUGUGGCCUGUGGACGUUUCAUAGAGGAGCACUCUCUCAAACACUUUCAGGAGUCACAGCACCCACUUGCUAUGGAGGUGCGUGAGCUGGAUGUCUUCUGCUUUGCCUGUGGAGACUAUGUACUCAACGAUAAUGCAGAGGGAGACCUCAAACUCCUCAGAGGGGCCCUCUCUACUGUUCGGAGCCCGGGUAGGCGUUCACUGCGCUCUUCCACCGGGGGGGAUUGCACCCCCUGGGUUGGGGAACUCGGGCCACAGCCUCCCAUGCAGCUGGCCUUGCGCCACAGAAGAAAAACACUUCUGGGGAAGAUGCUUCGGAUUUGGACCAGCAAAUACCAGGAACUUCAGAAUCAGCGUCAAGAGAAGCUCGAGGAGGCCAGGAGACAAAAGAAAGAGGUCAAAAGGAGGCUAAUGGAGGAACUUGGGAAUGUACCGCCUCGGAAAAGUGCUAGGCUUCUUACUCAGGCUCCCAGAUCGACCAUCACGCUCAUUCCCCGUAAAUUUCGUGACCCUCCAGAACGCCUACCUCCUCCUCCUAAGAAGCCUUCACUUCUCCCUCUCUCCCGUAAGGCUCCUCAUCACGGCAGAGCCACUAAACUGAGGAGAUACUACUCCACACAUGCUGUAACACGACGAAGACUGGCGCCAGGUGUCACUGGUCUGCGCAACUUGGGGAAUACAUGCUACAUGAACUCAAUAUUGCAAGUGCUGAGCCACUUGCAGAAAUUCAGGGAGUGUUUUCUCACUUUGGACCUGUGUGAGACUGAAGAGCUGCUGGCUAAGACCAAUCAGUCCCAGCCGAUGAAGGGGGUGACUGGAGCGGUGGUCAGCAAUGGUAACACAGCACUGUCGGAGUGCCCUCUUGGACCCAUGGGGAAAGCAGGUUGUUGGAAUUUGCCUAUGGGGAGAAAAGAAAGUGUCCCGCCUGCUUCCCAGGCUGCAGAGUUGGUCCAGCCCAAGGAGCCUCGGUGCUCCACCCGCCAGCAGAUGUCUCUGUGCCAUGAGUUGCAUACACUUUUCAGGGUCAUGUGGUCAGGCCGGUGGUCUUUGGUUUCUCCCUUCGCCAUGCUGCACUCUGUGUGGAACCUAAUUCCAGCUUUCCGUGGGUACGACCAGCAGGAUGCCCAGGAGUUUUUGUGUGAGCUGCUGGAUAAGGUGCAGCAAGAGCUGGACACAGAGGGAUCCAAACGUCGGAUAGUUAUUCCCAUCACAAAGAGGAAACUAUCAAAGCAAGUGCUAAAGGUUCUUAACACCAUCUUUCAUGGACAGCUACUCAGCCAGGUAACAUGUCUGUCCUGUAAGCACAAAUCCAACACAGUAGAGCCAUUCUGGGAUUUGUCGUUGGAGUUUCCCGAGCGAUACCACAGUACAGAGAGAGGCUCGGGCUCUACAGCUUACCAGCGUAGCUGCACCCUCAUAGAGAUGCUGUCCAAGUUUACAGAGAUGGAGGCUCUGGAAGGCAGGAUCUAUGCCUGCAACCACUGCAACAAAAGAAGAAGGAAAUCAUCCCACAAACCCUUAGUUCUGUCAGAAGCAUGUAAACAACUUCUGAUCUACCGUUUACCUCAGGUUCUACGGCUGCACCUUAAACGCUUCAGAUGGUCCGGGCGGAACCAUAGGGAGAAAAUCGGCGUCCAUGUGGCCUUCGACCAGGUUCUGAACAUCAGACCGUACUGCUGCACAGACUCAGGUCACUCUGUUCAUAGAGGAGGCUACAUCUACGAUCUGUCUGCUGUGGUUAUGCAUCAUGGCAAAGGCUUCGGCUCAGGGCACUACACCGCAUACUGCUACAAUACAGAAGGAGGUUUCUGGGUCCACUGUAAUGACUCUGAGAUGAAGGUUUGCAGUGUGGAAGAAGUGUGCAACACUCAGGCCUAUAUUCUCUUCUAUACCCAGAGAUCUGCCUAGGUACCUCUCUCGCUGUGACGUUGACCUUUACUUAGCAACUGAGGGCUGCAUUUCUGAAAACCUCUGUUUUCCCAGAUGUCAUCACUUUGAAAUGAUUUUCUAGCAAAAGAUGACAAUGAGGUGCGAGUGAAAGCCACAGUCAUGAGGCAAGGAGGAGAAUUAGCAGCAUAAACAAAGGUUAUAGUGACAAAUAGGUUUUCCAUGGUGAAUAGAAGGCAAACUUGAAUUGAAAGCUGAAUUGUGUGUGAUCAUACCGUAAGCAGAAAACCGAAAACCUUUUCAUAAAUGAGGCCACAAGUGUCCCAGCCUGUGUGACCAGUUUGAUGGUUCAUGGCCUGUAGAGUGUGGGAGCAGGUCCAGCUCUGUUCUGCUGAACCCCAAGUUGUGUUUCCAUAUUCCCACACACCAAUCAGACUCACGUCAGAGUCUGGAAACAUCCAAGCGCUCACCAAGGACAGCAUUUUACAUUCAAAGUCAACAUGGAUUUUGGAAUUUGAAACACUUUGUCAUAGUAAAAUCAUCUGGCUGAGCAUUUUCCUACAUCGCUGUACAUUUGAUCUUGGUGCACUAAAAAUAUUAGGGAGGUUCAUAAUUCAGGAUCUUUGUAUAGGUUCAUGGGAGAAUCUAGCAAUCAGACUGAAGUCCAAACUCCAUGUUGUCUCUUGUUCAGCUUUUUUGAUUAUUGUGAAACGUCAGUUACAGAAACUUUAAAUACUCUUACCUGUGUCAUUUGUAUUUCAUCUUUUUCCUCUCCUCACUGCUGUGACUCGAUACUGUGUCUUAGGUUCAAGACUCUCAUUGAACAUAAAUAGUUUUCGCUUUAUUUUUGUAUUUUUAAUCAUUCUGUUUCAAUUCCAUGAAAAGAGGCAAAAAGAUUACGGUUUAGAUACUCGAUAAAUGAUAGGAAAGUUGCACUUUUAUGGAGAGGCUGUUGGUCCUACUGUAUGUUUGGCUCCCGUAACUUCUUAAAAUGGCAGCUCCUCCUGUGAUUUGGUUAGUCUUGAGCGGGGAUUCAGAGAUGCCGCACCUCUGUCUAACCCGCAGGAGAUGAGAAAAGAGUAAAAAGAGCAGGAGGCGAUACUGAAGAAUGUGUUUUUGGGAGACUUGGAGUACCCAUUUUAAGUUGAGCACCUGAAAGCAAUAUAUUGUACAUUGUUCAUCUUGACAGGAAAUUAAGAUAAAUUCAGGAAUUCUUCUGCUUGUUAUACAAUGUUUUUUUUCUACUCUGAUGUUUCUAUCAAGUUCUUUAGAAUUUGCUAGUUAAUCAAUAAACCUGUUGUGUUUGAUACGAGUCAAAUGCAAGAAACAUUUGUGAACUCUGUGAAAGUCGGAACAAUCUAAUGACGAUGAAUGUCUUACUUUAUAGAGAUCAGUUGUGGCCAUGCCACUGGCUCUGAUCCCCUUGAGUUCUGUCUUGUACUGUAAGAAAACCUGUCAUAAAUGUAUUGUUCGUAAGGGUUUUGCCUGACGAUAAUUAUUAAAAAGACAACAAACAUCAGCAUAAUUGUUCAAGCUGGCAUCAUUUUGAGUGAUAAUUUAAUCUAAAAUGCCUUUGUUUUAAUAUGUUUCAAAAAGAACGAUUCAUUCUGCUUUUUCAUAAAUUUUGGGUCGUGACUGAGCUCGGAUGACAGAUAAAGUGGAACUGAAAUAAUCCACAGGAUUACCAAAUGCAUACACAGCUGAUCUGAGACCCGCUCUUAAUGUUGCGCCUCUAAAUGUAAAUGUAAGCUGGUUCAGAAAGAUGCUGCAG